AAAAUCACCGCAGUUAUUAAAAUAUAAGUCUGGAAAAACGAGACAUGGCAUAGACUGGUUUCUAUGGAUUCAAAUAUUUCUUGAAACAAAACAAAUCACGUAACCUUACCUAAUACACACUUGGAAUCAUUAGCUAAUUGUUGACUUAAGCAAAAAUAUUACAUUUUUAAGUUUUAUAAUUACUCAAGUGAAUGAUAAUUGUUUCAUUUUUAAAAGUAUCAAAUCAAAAGUAUCAUUUAAAAAGGAGAGAAGAGGUGAUAACUCGGAAUGACAAACAAAGAAAAUUCGAUGACAAUUAUAUUUGAUUGUUCCAAAAACAAUUUAUUCACUCCUCAACAAGGCUUCAAAGUACUGACUCGAAGGUUCAAAACAUCAGGCCAUAAAGUAAUAAGCAAUAAAGAUGAUAUUUCAAGUGAGGUUCUUAAUCAAGCCACUAUUUUCAUUAUAUCUACACCAAGGGAAAAGUAUUCAGAAACUCAGAUUAAUCAUAUCAAAAAAUAUCUUUCUAAUGGAGGGAGACUUUGGAUAAUGAUGAAUGAAGGAGGUGAUAGGAAACAAUCAUCUAAUGUUAACUCGAUUCUAGAAAAUACAGGAAUAACAAUUAACAACGAUACUGUAAUACGUAACUCUUAUUACAAAUAUCUCCACCCAAAAGAGGCUUUGAUUAACAAUGGCAUUCUUAAUCGUGGCAUUUUAACCGUUGCAAGUAAAUUGAAAAAUUUAACUGAUUCCGGUAAAUCAACUUCCAACAUACAAUUUAUCAACUACGUUUACCCUUAUGGUGCCAGUUUAAAUGUAACUAAACCUGGAAUAGGAAUUUUAUCAACCGGAUCUGUUUGUUACCCAUUGAAUCGACCAACCAUUGCUUUUUACACUGAUAAAGCAACAAAUGGUAAAUUAAUUGUCAUUGGAUCAUCACAAAUGUUUACUGAUACUUACAUUGAAAAGGAAGACAAUUCAUUGAUCAAGGAUAUUAUUUUGGAAUACUUGUUGGAACCCAUUUUCCCGAUAGAUCAGAUUGAUGCUGAAGAUCCUGAAAUUAGUGAUUAUCACACUGUACCUGAUAUUACUUUGCUAUCUGAAGAGCCAUUGUCCUGUCUCCAAGAAAUAGAAGAUGCUCCUUCAGAUUAUACCAAAUUAUUCAGCAAAGAACUCUAUGAAAUUGAUAAUACUCUGUUAGCUAAGGUAAUAUUGGCUUAUAAAGAGUUUCACAUGGAAAAGGAACCACUCAAAUUAAUCAAACCACAAUUUGAAGCUCCACUACCAAACUUGGAACCAGCUGUUUUCCCACCAAACUUUCGUUUUCAUCCCAAGCCUGACUUGGAGUUGUAUGAUCUUGAUCAAGCUUUCAGUUCGAUUCCAGCACGAUUAACCCAAGUAGUCAACAAAUGCACAGACGAUGAUCUCGAUUAUUACAUAAAGGAAUGUGCCAUGGUUCUAGGACUUCAAGGAUCUGAAAAGAUGUCAUCGAAAGAAAUUCUGAACAAAAUAUUUAACAAAAUUGUCCUUUACAAGAAAGUGAACAUUGAUAAGGAUUGACGCCAAUAAAAUUGUUAUUUGCCUAAAAUUCAAUAGCUUUCAAUAGAAACCAUUUGCGUUAUUUUUCUCUGA